AACAAAUCGGGGAACUGCGUAACGCGGUUCCUGCUCUGGUAGUGAAAAACACUGAAUACCUCUCAUGUACUGACUAACAGACUGUCGCAACUGGUGUUUCGAGAUACCGUCUACUUUGUUCUGGUGGUCUUAUCCCAGGAAGUUUGAAAUAUGUGGCUACGUUUCCUUCAACAUGGAUUUUCUGGCGUGCUACACAGGGCCAGCACACCCAGUUCUAUCGUGGGCUGUCCAAGGUUCGCGCGCAGGAUGGACUACCUGAGAGAUCCCAAGAUCUGCAGGGGCUUAUCCUUUUCCCAAAAAGACCGAGACUCUCUGGCCAUGAACGGUCUUCUGCCGCCCGCUGUGCGCACGGUGGACAUCGAAAUUCAGGCUGUGCUCGACAACAUCAAGUUGUACGAAUCUGGGCUCUCAAAAUACCUCUACCUCAGAGAACUACAUGACUACAACGAGAAGCUGUUCUUUCGGGUUCUUCGAGAACACACCGAGGACCUGAUGCCGCUGGUGUACACUCCGGUCGUGGGCGAAGCCUGCCUAAAAUACAGCCUUAUCUUCCGCCGACCAAAGGGUCUCUUCCUGACCUUUAAGGAUAAAGGGAAGAUCUACGAUGUCCUCGGCAACUGGCCGGAGAAGGAAGUCGAUGCUAUUGUGGUGACAGACGGCGAACGAAUCCUGGGCUUGGGCGACCUGGGAGCUAAUGGAAUGGGAAUUCCUGUUGGCAAACUUGCGCUGUACACGGCCCUUGCGGGAAUUCCCCCAGAGCGAACACUCCCGGUCCUUCUGGACUUCGGCACACAAAACGAGGUUGCUCUAGCAGACCCGUACUACAUUGGGCUCAGACAAAAGAGGGUCCGAGGUGCUCCCUACGACGAGUUCCUCGAUGAAUUCAUGCAAGCUGUUGUCAAGAGGUUUGGAAAGAACUGCCUCAUUCAGUUCGAAGAUUUCGGCAACAGAAAUGCUUUCAAGCUUUUGGAUAAGUACAAGAAUUCCUACUGCACAUUCAACGACGACAUCCAAGGAACUGCAUCCGUCGCUGUGGCAGGAAUCCUCGCUAGUAUGAGGAUAACGAAGCGGGCUUUGUCUUCCAAUACCUUCCUGUUCAUGGGAGCUGGGGAAGCUUCUCUCGGUAUUGCCGAGCUGCUGGUCAUGGCCAUGACGAAAGAAGGAGUAACCAAAGAAGACGCACGGAAUAGGAUCUGGAUGUUGGAUUCUAGGGGACUUAUAGUCAAGGGCCGUGAGCCAAAUGGCGACAGCACGCAGAGCCACAAGGAAAAGUUCGCGAAAGACGCGAAGCUUAUGCAUAACCUUCUUGAGAUUGUCAAGUUUGUGAAGCCUACAAUACUAAUUGGAGCGUCUGCCCAGAGCAAUGCCUUCAACAAAGAAAUUCUAGAAUGCAUGUGUGAGAACGCUGAAAGACCUGUGGUAUUCGCUCUCAGCAAUCCAACUCACAAGGCAGAGUGCACUGCAGAACACGCAUACACGUACACUGACGGCAAGUGCGUAUUUGCAAGCGGAAGUCCCUUCCCAGCGUUUAACUACAAGGGCAGGACCUUCCAUCCAGGCCAAGGCAACAAUGCCUACAUCUUCCCAGGAAUCGCACUAGGAGCUCUUGCCUGUGGAGCAAGUACCAUCAGUGACGAGGUCUUUUACAUUGCCGCUAAGACUGUGGCAGAGUACGUCAACGAACAGAACCUGGAGGAAGGGCGCGUCUAUCCACCUCUCACGAGCAUCCACGAUGUGUCUCUCAAUAUCGCCGCUGAGCUUCUGCCUUACUUUUACUCGACGGGCGUGGCAACAGUGAAGCCGGAGCCCAAAGACAAGAUUGCCUUCCUGAAGAGCAAGCAGUACGACUUCAGCUACCCAGGCACCGUCAGGGUCAAGUGAAGUGACUUGCGCUACUCUAUAUUUUAUCGCACACGCUGUAGUUAUAUGUACUGUGAUAGGUGAUCAGUGUGUUCCCUCUUGACCUUGAUGCCUUGCUGCGGUUAUAUAUUAUUUAUAAAUUAACUGUUUGUGUUUCGUCUCAAUGUGGAAACAUGCUCAUAAAACCGUCUUUUCAGUGAAAAGCUUCAAGCGCGUGAAUCUCAGGACGUGAAGAACGGUGUCUGUUUCGACCCACACGGCCGACUGUAUAGUCGAUGUCACAUAUUCGGAUCAAGUGGCGGUUUUAGCUAUCACUCAAUGAAUUGUGAAUGAACCAACGAACAACGAGUUCGCGAGCUUCCUUGUAUUCAGACUAGUUUAGACUUUCUAUUUCUACUAUUCAGGCUGUAUUUUGCGCGAGGGGGGUGGGCAUUUUUCGAUAUUUUUUAUUUAGUAUGAGAAAACUAUUUUCGCGGCUUUCAGCCAGAGCUCCGCCAAGAUCGACACCAUCGUACGACAGCUCGUUUUGAGCGAAUUCGGCCCAUUCGUUGCUAUACGCGAACGAGCUCGCCGUAAACACUACAUCAAAAAUUGCUUAUCGAAUCGCCGUUUCUUCAUUUUUUCCCCCCUCUUCCAGUGGUGUUCACAUUGGUGCACACAAUUUUCGGGGAACACUAUACUUACGAAUAUCAAGUAGCUGGAAUGCACCACAGAGGUUAGCGGCCUGCACUUUUACAAUGUUGGUUGUGUAGAUUCAGUUUAUAUUUAUUUAUAGUAAUAUAUUUGCAUAUUGCGUAUAAUAAUGACUGUACCUGUGAGGUGGUUGUUGGUUGAGCGCCACAUUUAAGAGUGAUAUAUUUAGUAAGCACAAGCGUAUCUAAUGCCCAUAUUGUAUUUAUACAAAUUAUAUUAUACAAAUCACACGGCGCAAGGAAGAGUCUGGGGCGCAGAAAUGGAAUUUGGUUAUUCCGGCGACAAGCUGUGUCUCAUGAAUUCGAAACUUAUGUUAUGUUCUCACAAAACAGCGGAGUCUGUAGGCUAAGGCAAAACUCCAUGCUAAUAACCGGAUAUGCGAUGUCUCCCUCUCUCUCAUUUUUUUAUGAAGCUACGAAAGCGGGAACACUGUCCUUACAAGGAUGCCCCCUCAGUAUUAUUAUUAAUAUACAGUGAUAAUGAAAGCAAUCGAGUGGUGCAGCCUUGCGAAGUUUUUCUGAUUCACCGCGCUUGUACAAUGAAUGAAUAAACUUUAGCACAUAGUGAUUAUUGAUUGAUUAUUGAUUAAGCAUUAUUGAUAUCACUGACAGAACAACUCUGGUACGUGUAUACUGCGUGAUGUUGCUUUGAUAUAAAAACGCGAAGUCCUUACUGCAUUGAAUAAUAAUCCGUAUUUUUAAAAAAAGUGUGGAGAGUACGAUUGCGUGGCCACGAUAAUGCAAAUAUGCAGUCGCACUUAAAUUGUGUGAACAAACACGAUCUGUCAUUUGACAUAGAUUCGUGCAGGGGUUUUGCACACGAAACAGACGUGCUGUUCUGCUGUAAAUGACAUCGAUAUAGUAAUAAAGCUCGCGGUUCACAAACACG